GUAAACAAAGAAAAGUCUCAGCAGCGUGAGUUUUCCUGAUGUCUGGAAGUUUUUACAGACGGUUGUUUUGUCUCAUCUCAGAUGAAUAUUUGAUGAGAUGAAGUAACGAUGAGUUCAGUCCAGAAUCUGAGAGAGUUGAUCAACCAGCGACUAACUGCUGCUGCUGAAGAAAUAUUCACAGAGUUUGAGAAAACCAUCGUCCAGUACGAGGAGGAGCUCGAUCGUCAGCGCAGACUGCUGGAUAACAUCUGGAAACCACAGAUAACACAACACACAGCAGAACUCCCACAGCAACAGAUCUGUAAGGAGGAGGAGGUUCCCACUGAGCAGAAUGUCUGUAUCCAGGAGAGGAACUCCAGUGUGGACCAGGAGAACCCAGAGACUCUACAGAUUAAAGAGGAGCAAGAGGAACUCCCCACCAAUCUGGACCAGGAGGACACAGAGCCUCCACAGAUGAGAGAAGAAGAGGAAGAACUCUGCAACAGUCUGGACAGACAGCAGUCUGGACAGACAGCAGCAGCAGACAGGAAUCAGAAGGCAGAUAGCUUUAUGCUAGUUCAGUGCAAAUCCAAAUGUGAAGAAUUAUCAAGAGAAAAAUUCUGUGUCUCUGAAAACACAACUGGCCAUUAUGAGAAAGAGAUCAAUCGUCAGCGCAGACUAUUUAAUAUCACCCAGAAUCUCCAAAUAAAGUUACACAGAAUAGACCUUCAACAGCAAGAUAUUUAUCAGGAGCAGGAGGUUUUCAUUGACCACCUACUCCCUAACCAAGAGAGGAACUUCUGUUUGGAUCAGAAGGAUCCAGAGCCUCUGCAGAUGAAAGAAGCACAGGAGGAACUCUGCAUCAGUCUGGACCAGGACAAUUUAGAACCUCCACAGAUUAAAGAGGAACAGGAAGAACUCUGCACCAAUCUGGAUCAGGAGGCACCAGAGCCUCCACAGAAGAGAGAGAAAAAGGAAGAACUCUGCACCAGUUGGGACAGACAGCAGUCUGGACAGAGUGUGUUUAAGUCUCAGGACCUUCAACAGCAACAUAUUUAUCAGGAGCAGGAGGUUUUCACUGACCAUCUGUACUGUAAACGGGAGAGGAGCUUCUGUUUGGAUCAGAAGGAUCCAGAGCCUCUGCAGAUGAAAGAAGCACAGGAGAAACUCUGCAUCAGUAUGGACCCGGACAAUUUAGAACCUCCACAGAUUAAAGAGGAACAGGAACUCUUCAGCGAUCAGGGGGGAGAGCAGUUUGGUUUCUGCCCAGACCAGGAAGGAAGCAAACAUCCAGACUCUGGCUCAACUAAGAAUUUGGUGCUGAAGACACAAGACAGAAACAGCAGUCACAGUAACAAUGUUGACAGCUCUUCUAUGUCACGGAUUCACUGUGAUGCUGACACAAGGAAAAAGACUCAAACAUGUGAUGUCUGCGGAAAAUCCUUUAAAUAUAAGUCCGCUUUAAAGACACAUUACAGAAGCCACACAGGUGAGAGGCCAUUUGCUUGUGAGAAAUGUGGGAAAAGUUUCACUCAACGUCACCAUAUGAUUGUUCACAUGAGAACUCACACAGAUGAGAAGCUGUACCUUUGUAAAGUCUGUGGACAAAGGUUUUAUGGCCUUGCGAGAUUCCAAAGACAUAGAGCAAUUCACAAAGAUGAGAAUCUAUUCUUGUAAAAUCUGAGAAAAAUUUCACUCCUUGUGGUAAUUUUAAAGUCCACAUGAUGGUUCACACGGGUGAGAAGCCGCAUCCUUGUAAGAUUUGUGGACAAAACUUCAUUCAAAAUAGUAAUUUGAAAGUCCACAUGAGAAUCCACACAGAUGAGAAACCCAACCUUUGUAACACGGGGGGAAAGAUUUAGUGACCCUUCAGCAUUUAGAAGUCAUACAGCAGUCCACACAGCUGAGAAACUGUAAUGUUUGUAACAUGUGGAAACACAGAUCUAUCCAAUCAUUAUCUAUACACCACUUAAUCCCCAUUAGGCUCAAGGGGUUGAGUGAAUCAUUUCCCAGUUGACGUAGGGUGAAGACAAUCUAUCAAAGGGCUACACAUAGAGACAAACAAGCACACUCCCAUCCACCCCUAUGGACAGUUUAGAAUCACCAAUAUACCUCAGCAUGUUUAGGACUGUGGGAGGAAGCAGGAGAACCCAGUGAAAACCUAGUUAAUGCACAGGGAGAACAUGCAUGUGUAACAGUGUAUGUGAUAAAUCAUUCCACUUGCUGUAAUUUGGGUUGUAUUUAUUGUUGUUGGCUCAAUAGCACCCUCUCUGAAGCUGUAGUGUGUAACUGGUGUUGGUGCCACACUGUCAGUUCGUGAGAGGCGUACACGAUGCAGGUUAGAGAGCACAGACAGGCUCAUAAAUGGUUUCUUUCUUGUUGUCCUUUUGUUUGUUUUAAGAUCGUAUGUACACUAUGAUCUAUCCAUAUGUUGGUUGGAGUGUGUUGACAUAUAUUGAAUGUUUUUAGUUGUUAGUGUACUGUGCAUGAGAUGCCUGAGCCCACAGACCAGAGGUUUUCUUCCAUUUACCAGGUACAUACUCUGUGUUAUUACCUUGUUUUAAUACUGUACAAUUGUGUAAAUUGACUGUCAGUUCCUGAGGCGCGUACACGAGGUGCCCGAGCCCGCUGAGCAGAGGUUUUCUUACAUUUACCAGAAUAAACGGCACAAAGAAGACGUCUCAGCCUUCUGACUUCUUUAUAUAAAAAAUUACACAAUGCAGAGUGGAGGGGCUUUGAACCAACCAGUUACAGUGUGACUGUGUGUGAUCCCCGGCUCAGGCCAGGAAGUGAACCGGGGAUCUUCUUGCUGCAAGGUGAAAGUGCUACCAAAGCCACUGUGCAGCCCAGACACACACAUGCUUUCAGCCAAUCUGCUCACAAACUCUGGCACUCACUCCCACCAGACAUCCGGUACAUUCACUCUCUGUCUCUUUUCAAAACCAGACUCACCUGUUCAAGAUUGCCUACCCUCUAUAAAUGCUCUUUUCCUGUAUAUGUAGUUUUUACCUGUUCUGUUGUAUUUGUUUUUCUUUUUAAAGUGUCCUUGGGUGUCAAGGAAGGUGCUUACAAAUAAAAUGUAUUAUUGUUA